UGUGCGUACGCGGUCGUGAUUGUUGUGAAGAUGGCGGAGGGGGAGACGGAGAGGGAAUAUGACACACGGAAAGCGAUCGACGAGCUCCGCGGCCGCUUCCACGGCUUGACCACGGCACUGAGGGAGAGCUCGCAGUCUCCGCUGGAAGCCUCGCUGCAUUUCUGCCAGGACUUUUGCCAGGUCCUGGUGGAACAUGCCAGCCGUUGGAAAACUGAUGAGGAUCCGCUGCCUUUGCUGGAGGUUUACAUGGUGGCCGUCCUCAGCUUCGCCAACGCCGCCUCCUGUCUCUCCUCCGAAUGUGAAAAUGUGCCACUCCUACUUGAAAAGUUAGCAUUGAGCUGUGCGGAGCUGGUGCUCCUACUGCCCCAGAACAUCCCUGGUGCCUUAUGGGAGGAGUUUCAGUCCUCUAUGAAGUUGGCACACAGCCUUUUGCAAGAAAGUGGGAGUGCACAGCUUCGCCCGCUUUUUGCUCUGGCACAGCAAGAUGGCAUCUGGUCCAACACCACACUCAGCAGCAUCUUGUCCAACACCACCCUUCAAACUGAGCAAGUUCACGAGUAUCUCGAGUUGGAAGGUCCCACUCUUCUCAGCAUGCGUAUAAAGCACCUUAUCAAAAUAGACAGUGUUGAUAAAGCUGCCACCCUUGCAAAGACCUGCUCAGAGUACCCAGGAUAUGAAGGACAGGGGAACUUCAAGCAAACCUACUUGCUCUGCAUUUGCAUGACCAAAAGUCAGGACCAGCUCAUGGAAGAGAUAUCAUCAAUGGACUGCAAAGAUGCUCUUGAAAUGAUCUGUAACUUGGAGUCGGAAGGAGAUGAGAAAGGCGCACUCUGCUUAUGCUCUGCCUUUCUCAAGCGACAGCUUCUCCAGGGAGAUGUUUAUUGUGCCUGGGAACUGACGCUAUUCUGGAGUAAGCUACUCAUGCGUUUAGAGUCGUCUGCGGACUCAUUCCUCAGCCACAGCAAAGAGCUGGCUCUUCUCUGUAGAAGUGUCUGUCACAUUCUAUUCCUCAUCAAAGUCAUCCAGAAUGAGGUUGGAGAGGUGGGGCUUCCAGUUUGUGUGGAAAUGUGCAUUCAAGCUCUGAAAAUGACCUCAAGUGACCAUAAGGAUAGCAAGUCCACGAUCUGCAAGACUAUUUCCUGUCUCUUGCCAACUGAUCUUGAAGUGAAGCGUGCAUGCCAGCUGACUGAAUUCCUCCUCCAACCUACUGUUGACUCUUACUAUGCCGUUGAGUCGCUGUACAACGAACCGGAUCAAAAACCCGAAGAGGACGGAAGUCUACCGGUGCCCAAUUCCUUACGCUGUGAGUUACUGCUGGCCUUGAAGACACAGUGGCCUUUUGAUCCAGAGUUCUGGGACUGGAAAACACUGAAAUGCAAUUGCUUGGCACUGAUGGGAGAGGAAGCAGCUAUAGUGUCAUCUAUUGAUACACUUAAUGACACGGAUGAGCAAGAAGUGGAAGGUACAGUUGGAAAACACCCGGAGCACAGAGACUUGGAGGACUUUUUCUUAACCACUACGAAUGAACUCAAUGAAAUCACAGAUGAAAAAGAAAAAAACAGAGAGGCAAAGAAACUCAGAGAGCAAGGAUUUGUGUCGGCGCGCUUCAGAAACUGGCGAGCAUACAUGCAGUAUUGUGUUCUGUGUGACAAGGAGUUCUUGGGUCACAGGAUAGUUCGGCACGCUCAGAAGCAUUUUAAAGAUGGAGUGUAUCUAUGUCCUAUUUGUGCAGACAGUUUCGAAAGUAGGGAGGUUUUAGAGCCACAUGUAGCGUCCCAUGUCAAACAGUCUUGUAAAGAACGUCUAGCCGCCAUGAAAACUGCUAGAAAGGGGGGGUUAAAACCACCUCAAUCCCCCAAAAGCCCCCCGAAAAGUAUAAGAGUGGUUUCAGUCAACAAUGACUGUCAAAUUGGCCUCCCAUCAGAGAAGGUAGAACAAACGACAUCUGAUGUACAAAUGAGUCAAGACUGUUUCUGUCCGGUCAAAAAUUGCUCCAAGGCUUUCAAAGUUUUCCGCAACCUCAUGGCUCAUGUCAGGUCGCACAAAGACGACGAAGAAGCCAUGAGGUUUUUGCAGAUACAAAAACAGAAAGUGGUGUGCCAGUAUUGCAGGCGUCAGUUUGUUAACGUCCAACAUCUCAACGACCAUUUGCAGAUGCACUGCGGCAGCAAACCAUACAUUUGUAUACAACUCGAUUGCAAGGCAAACUUUAAUUCCAAUUCGGAACUCCUCAUGCAUCGGAAAACACAUACAGACUUUAAGGCCCGGUGCAUGUUUCCAAAUUGCGGGCAGAUUUUCAGUGAGGCCUACCUUUUGUAUGACCAUGAGGCUCAACAUUACCUAACAUACACAUGCCCGACAGAUAACUGCGGUAAAGUAUUCUACUCGCAGACUCAGUUCUUAUCUCACCAACAGAUUCACAAUACAAGUAAUGCUGUUGUCAUGUCAAAUGAAAGUUCUCCUGUCAUUCCAAACGUUAAGCCACCGCAGGAGAGUGUGCUGUGCAAGCCAGACACAAAUCCUGCUGCUGUUUGCCUUGACACCAAUAAUUCUGAUGCUUGUAUGAAUGAAGCAUCAAAGGCAAACAUUUCACCAUGCAGUUCCCCUGGGGCUGUUAGGGAGCUCAUUCCUGUUAGAGUGAAACAUUCGAUUGAAAACAUGCUCAAUUCUGUGGCGCAUAUUGAAUUGAGAGAUCCACAGAAAUACUACACUCCACUGACAAACCCUACUUCAGCACCAGCUGCACCAGAGGUGCCACAUGCACACCAGGCUAUGGCAGAGCAAGCCAAAAUCCCCCCAAUUUAUCCCAAACCCAGUGUUACAAAUCUUGUGGCAAAUCAGCAGGGAGAAGGGCAAACUAACCAAGUUAGCAACUGUCAGAAAGUGACACCACAAAUGAUUUCUCCCAGCCAAAUCAAGAUGGAAAUCCCUUCGGCACCUGGAUAUCCCCCCGGAAUGCCUGUUGUUUCGAGUAAUGAAGAAAACCUCCACUCUUGUCCCCAUAAUGAGUGCACAAGGGCUUACAGUACAAACAAAAGCUUAUCUCGGCACGUGAAGAAGCAACACCCUGAAAUCUUUGAGGAUUGGAAAUUGGCCAAGAAGUACAAUAAAGUGGCCAAAAUUACAGCAAAAAAGGCACCAGCUGGAGUCGCUGUGCCCAGUCAGCAUCCCAACGCAAAUAUCAAGCCAACAAAUCAGCAAGGACCACUAUGCAACAAACCAGGCAUGGAGCAAAUAGAUUACCUAGUAGGAUGUUCAACUUCACCUACCCAGUGUUAUCCCAGCUCAAUGGAUCCUGUGCCCAUCACUCCAAUGGUUAACCCCACCCUGUACCCAUCCUGGAGUAGCUCAAACACUACCGGUGAAAUCAUGCAGCCUGACAUGUCGCAGCCGUGGCCUGCACCUUCAGUGAACAGCUGCUAUCCAGAUUCCUUCAACGUGAAUGAGUACCCCUCCCGUAGCUAUCCGCAGUGGCAGCCAGAUCCUUAUCACAGCACACAACCCCCUCUCCCAGCCGAAAGAGAGCAAUCAAUGAUAGCUUUACAUGGCCCCACUAGGUCUCCUUCAGAUUCAAGUUUGAUGUCCCAAUACUUGUCCAGCUCAUUAAUGCUUGACAAUGGAGGGCAAAUGCACAAUGGAGGGAAUCAGUACGGACUAAUGCCUCCCGAAGGCAGUGGAGGUCCUAUGGAUGUGAGGAAAAACACCCAAUCAAACCUGGUAGGACAGGUGGAUAAUGGGAACAGCAUGUCAACAAUUCACAGUCAACCCGAAGGAAGCUACCACACUCCAUAUGCUCAGAGUGAGAACUCAACCUCUCAGAGCUCACCAGUUAAUAUGCCUAUGAAAUGUUUGAGCCCAGAAGCCCACGUGACACCAAAACCAGCAACAGAAUUAAUUAAAACAGAAAACAUAGCCGCCCCUGCUUAUGACCAGAUGGACAACGCUGUGGACGGAAUGCUAAGCCCACAUAGUGUCACCCAGACUGACUUUCAUUACGAAGGAGACUGCACUAAUGCAGAAUGUGACGUCGCUGACGAUAAAGAUGACGGUGAUGCGCAAAAAGGAAAACGCAGCAAGCUGAGCAAGCGCACCAAAUGGCCGGCCAUCAUUAAGGACGGCAAGGUCAUCUGCCGGAGAUGCUUCAGAGAGUUUUCAAGCACAAAAUCCCUGGGAGGCCACCUGUCUAAGCGCUCGCAAUGCAGGCCAUUAGAUGAAAUUGACCUGACUGCUGAUCUGCCAACAUCAUUUCUUGAUUUUCUCAAUGACCCGCAUGUACCAGAAACUAAUGGGGCCAUGUUUAACAUGUCCAACGGCGAUUUUUCACAGGACCCGUGUAGCUUGACCGCCCUUAACUCUUCCAUGGUGCUGAAACAAGAACCCCAAAACACAAACAUAACUGACUACUCCAGCGUGUCUGCUGCUACCCCUGAAAACCAGCAAAUGAAAUCAGUCGGGCUGGCGAACACUGCUGUUUCUGCUCCUCAUCAAGAGGAUCACUUGAUGGAAAUAUCCAAUGCCUUUCAAAGGCUGGAUUUGAUUGAAGCUGCCCAAGAGAAGAUGCGGAGUACUUUGUCCCUUGAGCCAAAUCCCCCCCGUUGUGAUAUGAAGUCAGACAUUAAAAAAUGCAAACCCACACCGAGCAAAAAAGAUGACAAGGUGUUGCCAAAGGUAUCCAAGCCUUUUAAAUGUGACCAGGCUGACUGCGACUUCUCAUUCAUGACAAAAGAAGCGCUAUUCAAACAUUUAAGUAAAAUGCACGAUUACUCUAAUGACAUGAUUGAAGAACUCAAAAGAACCCCAUCCAAACUGUCCCCGUACACUUGUCAGAUUUGCUCCAAAACAUUUACAAGAACGACAGGCCUGAGAAUUCACUACGAGAAAGUUCACCGAUUGUCAAAGGCUGAAAUACAGAGGCUCAAAAUGGGCGCUCGAAAUAGGCGGGCACCCCGACAGAACGACCUUUCGUCCACUAGCGAUGCGGCAGCUGAGGCGAGCAAUGUAAACAAAUCCCCAACUAGCAUUACGUCAAUUAAACAAGAGCCCUUUGACGUUGCAAUCGUACCUCAAACUGAUAGCACAAACAAUUCUGACGUUCCUCAAGUGGCGUCACCAGGAAAUCCUGUAAACAUGGGUUACCCACAAGCAGAACCGACUGUCACCUGUUUUCCAGUGGAUGAAAGCUAUCAAAAUAUUACUGUUUCAACCAAUGACAGGCCAUCAGUUGAGUGUAUGCAGGCAGUUCCUGAAAGGUCCCCAGAGCAGCUAACAGUGGGUACUGUUGUAAGUGUGGAUAUCUCAGAGCAAUUAGGUCUAAUGGAGAAAGGAGAGCAGCCUCUAGGCUGCAAAAUGAAAGCGCCAAAGUUCAGCCCCCCUCCUGGCUGUGCUUCAGCCUCCCCAGAAAAACCAAGCAGCUCCAAAAGUGCACCCAUUCAAGAUGAAACCCAGAAGAAGCUUAAAAAAAGACUGGGGCUCAAAAUGUGCGACGCUGACAAUGCCUUCAAUCCCUACAGACCGUACCGCUGUGUUCAUGAAGGAUGCACUGCUGCUUUCACCAUCCAGCACAAUUUAAUCCUCCAUUACCGGGCCAUGCAUCAGUCGUCCCUGCCCCCAGGCAAAGCUGAGAGCACUCCUGAGACUAUGAGCGUUCCAAAUGGUCAGGAGAGCUACGAGAGACUGGACGAUCAAGAAAUCAGGUGUCAAGUGAAGAACUGUUCGCGAGUGUUCAUGGGAAUCACAAGGUUAGUGCAGCAUUACCUCUUGCUUCACAAAUUCACCCGGGACAAAGCCACCUCCAUGAUGGCCAGUAUGCCCAUUGGGACUUUCAACUGCGACCGGCCGGAGUGCGCACUCCCCUUCAGCUCCGUGCCCACGUACAUUGAGCACAUAAAGAACUUCCACAAGGAAAUCGCCAUCUCCGAGAGUGGCUCGGUGGAUACCACGUGCAGGUGCGAGUACGAGGGCUGCGACCGCAUUUACUCCACAAAAUCCAAUCUUCUUCGCCACCUGAUAAAGAAGCACGAUUAUGUUUAUAAUCCCAAAGCGACUGACAGAAGAAGGAUGAAAGCAGUGGGAUUGUUUCCAGGAGUCAACAACGGAAAGGAAAACGUGGAGAACAAAUUUAAAAUGAAGAAGAAAAUUCUAAAGAAGAAAGAUGGGAAGACCAUUGAACAUUGGAGCAAUUUUGGGAAACCAACGCUAAAAACCCAUGAUGAAGCAUCGGCCAUGUGCACUAAGAAGUGGUCAUUACAGUACCCGUGCAUGCUAAUCGGCUGUGAUGCAGUCGAGCGAGCUGAAAAGAGCAUAUUUAAACAUUAUGUGACCCACGGCCUCACUGAGCGAUACAUCGAAGACCAGCGGAGCCAGUUUAUUUUCUGCAAAAAGUAUUCUCGAUCCAGAUACAAAGAUUCUGACAAAUCUGAGGGUGUGUGCACGUCGUCUGAGGAGACAGAACCUGAAGAGAGUGAAAAACCUACUGACCAAAAGACUGAUGCAGAUGUUGUAGAAAGAUUAUCCCAAGAGGACAGCAAGCUUUCCAAUGACGAAAGCGCAGAGUCUCAAGUAUCCACUGUGACGGAAGGUGGAGCUAAAAGAGGGCGUCCCAGAAAACCUACCAUUCCCACACCAGCUUGUCCUGAGAGGAUGCAGACCCUUAGGAAUCGUACGACUGUUAGCAGCUCAGCAGAAAACUCAAAUCCUAGUACUCCUGUAGCCACAGAACAACGAGAUGAGGCUGUGAUGCCGGGAUCUUUUAAACCUUUGGGACUGGAGGACUCUUUCCUCAAGUUCUUGGAAACCUCAGAGUCAACACACUCCUCCAAACGCAAAUCCAACGAUACACCUGCUGACGAGCUGCCGUCUAAGAGACGACAAACUCUGAAACUGAGGUCAGCAAUGAGGACGAGGACAGGUUGUGAAAAACUGGUAGAUUUUAGAAACCCACAGAAUCUCAAAUCGGUGAGCAAUGUGAAGAUUGUCAUGGAUAAAACGUUUUCACGUGGUGCUGAUCUGUUGCUUAAGCAGCUACAAGACAUGAAGCCCAUGGUCAUAAUAAAAAGGUGGCUUUACAGUGGCUCGUAGCCCCGUAUUAUAUUUCCAACUCCUCACUCUCACUCAGGAUUUGAGAAGUAUGCUGCAGAACGGUUUGACAAUGCAUCCGAGUUCCAACUGUUAACAGUCCUGGUCACAGUUAACUAUGAAAUGGCCUAUUUUAUACACCAUAAAAUGUCUUUGACGAUUUUAAGUAUGUAUGUUAGUCCUAAUAACCAGGUAAUCCAUAGGGCAUAGAUUUUAGAUUCAUGUUUGUAUUUAUGCUUAGUACUGAAGAUGUUUUUUUUUCUUUUGCUAAAUGGAUACUUUUAAAGAAAAACUAUGUUUUUUAUAUAUCCCUAUGGGAUUUAAAGUUUUGUUUGUAUUUAUUUCAUCCUUUUUCAACACUAGUAGACCUAUCUGUAAUAUUUACAUGUCUUCCACAAAGUGUUCAAUAAAAUGUUACUGUUUCUUUUGUAAAAAUA